CGUCCAGAGCAGCCCCCCAACUCGACCAUGAGCACCGAGUCCUUCGAGGUGGGCGCUGCGGUGCAGUACUCCUGCGACCCGGGGCACCUGCUGGUCGGGCCCACGGUCCGGACAUGUCUGGACACCGGGUUCUAUACGGAGUUCCCGCCCGUAUGCAAACGAAUCGAAUGCGGCUACCCAGCUGAGAUCGCGCACGGCACGUACACGCUUCUGAACGACUCCGUGUCGUACCUGUCCCACGUGCAGUACGAGUGCACCGAGGGCCACGAGAUGGUGGGCAGGUCACGACUCGUCUGCGAUAUCGACGAGAGAUGGAAUGGGCCCCCGCCGCGGUGCGACGUUGUCCACUGCGAGCCCCCGGCGCAGGUCCCCAACGGGCGCGUGACGCUGUCCCACAACGCGUCCGUGUUCGGCGCCGUCGCGGAGUACGCGUGUGUCCGCGGGCACCGCCUCGUCGGCGCCCGGCGCGCGAGCUGUCUAGCGAGCGGCGUUUGGGACCAGCAGCCGCCUAAAUGUCAACCCGAGGAGCGCUCAACAACGACCACCACAACGCUCCCUCCCCCCACCACGGCCGCCCCCACCACCCGCGUCACGUCGCGCGCGCCGCCGACGCGGCCGCGCUCCACGCCGCGCCCCGCGCCGACUCCGUUCGUCACGCCGGAGACGCGCCGUCCCCGCCCAAAGACCACGGAACGGCCGACCACGAGAUAUGAAACGAGGGUCACGGACGCGCAGGAGUCGCCGACCAGCCAUGUGCCGCAUAUUAUUGUGGCCAGUCAUCCUAGGGAGAACCAAAUUCUCGGCAGCGGUAACAACAUCCGCGCCGAGCAAACCCCCCGUGUCAACGUGCCCCAAUCAGUGGACGGCGAACGGCGGGAGACUGUCGGCGCGCGCCUCAACCUCGGCGCCGUGGUCGCGCUCGGCGCGUUCGGCGCGAUCGUCUUCCUCGUAGCGAUCAUCACUACCAUCGUCAUAUUGGUGCGGAGUAGAAAGCACCACGACGGCAAACGCUACCGCCACCACGUGUCCCCCGACUGCAACACGGUCGCCUCCCUCGACUCCUCGUCCUCGGAGUCCCGUUCGGGCCUGAACAGGUACUACAGGCAAGCUUGGGAGGAGCUCCACGAAGCAACCGGCGCUAAAGGUAGAAGACACGACAGGGAAGCGCCGAAAGACGGGUCGGAACUUGUCGUGUCAGACGUCUACCCAGCCCCGAGGGACAAGAGGAGACAUCAUCAUCACCACCAUCAUCGCCAGCCGAGGCAUCCGGAUUGGCAUUCGCCGCAUCGUCCACAGCACAAUCAUAAGCCUAGGUAUUAACUAGCUGUUGUAAAAAUCAUUUCAGUCUGACGUUUUUUUCGCUAGUGUGUUGUGCAUAAAACAGUCACAUUUUGCAGUGUAUGUAUAUGUUAUUUUCAUUAAUAUGCAGUACUCAUAGAACUUUUUUAGAUUGACUGAUGAUAGAAUGAUCAGUUUCUGAUUUACGCUCGACAGAAAAAAAUCACGAACAUAAGCACUUUAAAAAUGUAUAACAAAUUUUCCACAAUAGCUAAAAAUAUGGAAAUUGCUUGAAAAAAAUCGUCAAUAUCAUGUUUGAUCACUUAAUGAUUACUUUUUUUAAUAUCAUUAAAACAUACAAAAAAAUUAAAAUUCAUAAACAUGGUAUCCGCGGUCCCGAGCGCGCACAACCAUCUCGCUCAGAGAGAGGGAGAGAAGAACACUGGACCUCAAGAAAAUACGAAGGGCGCAAUUUGCAGGUAAAAUAAAUACAGUUGUUUUUAACUAUGAUUUAAUUUAACGCAACUUUGCCCGGUCACUUGAGUAUCUACAUUCCACCAAGUGCAAAGUUAGACGUUGUUAUAACACUCAGUGAAAUGCGAGGUUGAAAUUAUUCACCUAAACUAUGACUGAAAUGGUUGUUAGACACCGUAAUUUAAAUAUUGCUUCCAUUGGGUCGAAAUGGCGUUAGAUUGUAGAUGAUGAACGUAGGUAUGAAAUGUCAGAAGUCCUUUGUUGGCUGGAUAAAAUAAAAUAUCAGGUUAACAAAGCGCAGUGUGACGAACAGUAGGAUGACACGACUUUGUACAAAGCUCGUCUGUUAAUAAUUACAUAGUACAGCUUCGUGUAGGUAGCGAAAACGUAGUCGUCUCGUCGUCGUACCUAUAAAUGUAUACAUAUCUAUUUAAGUAACGGUUUUUCCUGUAGACAUUUACGUAACUUUAUAUUUGUUUUCUUUUUAUUACUCAUCAGAACGGCACAUCUA